CGUCGAUCGUACACUGGGUACGCUGUGUCGUCUGGGUGGACAGUAUAGUUACAUCAACAUUAAAUGGAAUAAAAUGCCGCGGAUUCAUGUAAAUAGGGACGUCGCUUCAGCGCAAUUAAUUAACGGUUCCUAAUUAACGCGGCUCGCCUCCGGAGCGGGUGGUGACAGGCCUAUUUUCGGCGUUUAACGGCAAUAUUUCAGGGAGAGGAGUGACGUCCUCCUCACCACAGCAGCUGCAGGGAAGUUUUGUCACUUUAGUCCCUGUUGAACAAGCGAUGAACUGAGGACCUCUUCCACUUCUCAGCCUCACACAUCUCAGCGGCGUCUUCACUCCUGCUGCCCGUCGGUUAAAGACUCGACCACAUCGUCUCACCACACCUAGACAGAGAAAUGUGUGUGUGUGUGUGUCCUCGGAUGCAUGACUGUGUCUGAGUGUUUCUGGGCUGCACUUCCUCUCUCACCUUCCGAGAGGCACUUCUCCACUUGACUGACUACAACAUUUGUCUUCACAACUGCAAAGCAUCAUGGGUAGGAAAAAGAUUCAGAUCCAACGGAUCACCGAUGAAAGGAACAAGCAGGUGACAUUUACAAAGCGAAAGUUUGGCUUGAUGAAGAAAGCCUACGAGCUGAGCGUAUUGUGCGACUGCGAGAUUGCCCUGAUCAUCUUCAACCACGCGAACAAGCUGUUCCAGUAUGCCAGUACUGACAUGGACAAGGUCCUGCUCAAAUACACAGAGUACAACGAGCCACACGAGAGCCGGACCAACGCAGAUAUCAUCGAGACUUUGAGAAAGAAAGGAUUCAACGGCUGCGACAGUCCAGAGCCGGACGGCGAAGACUCAAUUGACCAAAGUCCCCUCAAUGAUGACAAGUAUCGUAAGACCACAGAGGACCUGGAUGUUCUCUUCAAACGCUACGGACAGUCGGCAGCUCCGCCCCAGACGUUCUCCAUGCCAGUCACAGUCCAGGCGUCCAAUCAAAGUACACUGCAGUUCAGUAAUCCUGGCAACGCGCUGGUAACUACCUCCUACGUAACUUCAUCGUCGCUCACGGAUACCCACCUCCUGUCGCCACAGCAACCGGCCCUCCAGAGAAAUACGGUGUCUCCUGGGUUGCCACAGCGACCAGCCAGUGCAGGUGCUCUUCUCGGAGGCGAUCUGAAUAAUUCAAAUGGAGGAUGUCCAAGUCCAGUCCCUAAUGGAUACACCAGUGCCAGGGCCUCCCCAGGCCUCCUCACUGUUUCCAACGGCAACAGUCUGGGGAAAGUAGUUCCGGCCAAGUCUCCACCUCCACCUCCGAGCCCCCAGAUGGUCAACAGCCGCAAGCCAGACCUCCGAGUCAUCACCUCGCAGGGUGGAAAGAGCCUCAUGCAGAUGACAGAGGAUGAGCUGGAAUUGGUAAAUGAGAAUGCCCAGCGGCUGGCAGCUGGAGCCCAGGUGGCACAAACCCUCACCACACCGGUGGUCUCCGUCGCCACGCCGAGCCUCCUGGCACAGGGGCUGCCCUUCUCCGCCAUGCCCACAGCGUACAAUACAGAAUACCAGCUGACCAGUGCAGACAUCACUGCUUUACACGCUCUGGCGUCACCUGGCGGCUUGUUGCCCACCAGUGUGUCCACAUGGCAACAGCAGCAGGCUGUUACCCAGCAACCACAACAGCAGCAGCAACAGCAGCAGCAACAACAGCAAACACAGCAACAGCAGCAACAGCAACUUAAUCUUGCAUCACUCAGCAACUUGGUCAUGUGGGGUGUGGACAAACAGAGCAGCGAGCUGUCUAGCCAGGUGUCCAGUCUGGCUGCCAAUCUGAGUGUUGGCUCUCCGUCCAACCUGCUCUUGGGUAGAGAUGAGUGGUUGGGCCGGCCGGUGACCCACAUACCUCAAGGCGCCAUGCUGACCGUCAACACCAACUCCAGCGUGAGCAUCAAGUCUGAGCCCAUCUCCCCUGGCCGGGACCGCAGCACCCCUUGCCCUCCUCCGUCUUCGACCACGCCAUCCUCGACCUCAGGCGGGGCCAUCCUGACCGCCCCGCCCCAGUACCCCGGCUCCCUGCUGUGCCUGGAGCCUCCGACCGGCCGCUCGCCCGCCGACAGCGUGAGCAGCAACGCCAGCUCCUUCGAAGGCAGCGAUCGUGACGAUGCAGCUGGCGGAGGAGGAGGAGGAGGAGGCGGAAACGGCAGCACAGCCGGCGCUACAGGUCCAUCAAGCCGGUCUGUCCCGCCUGACUUCAGCCCCUCAGCCGAGCUCCUCAGGGCAUCGAAUGACCCGGAGCAAGAAGGAGGAAACAUCAAGCGCAUGAGAUUGGACGCCUGGGUCACAUAGAGGCACCGGCAGCACCUGUCUGCACUCACAGUGAAGUUUCGGUGACUCGUUAACACCCACAACAACAACACACACACACACCCACACUCAUUCUUAGUCCCCCACUGCCCCGACCCCACUGCCAUGUGACACUAUCAUCACUCAUCUGCCUCUGGCCAGAAUCAUACUACUCAGCUGCAUCCCCCAGACUUACAAGGCUUUGCCAAAAAAAAAACAAAAACCACACACAAAAAGAUUCAUAAAACUCCUUUGGGAUCUUGCUCUGAGUGAGGGCUGUUGAAGCCCUCCAAUAGAAGGACGGUAGAUUUUUAAAGCCUUCUUACUCGAAUGGACUUCCGUAUAGUGAUUCUCUUCUGGUUAAAAAUGAGGUGUUCAACCUUUUUUUUGUUUGUUUUUAAACCACAAACAUUUCUCCCCGUGGUCUCUGCAUCACCUUCAUGUAUUUACAUCGAGCUCGUACGUACGUGACUGGUGGCGUGUCGACAUUAUGGGACUCGUGCCGCCGCUUUCUGCUCUUCAGAAUCUAUUUAAAUUGUCCAUUCUUCUACUUCCAAAACUGCACAGUUGGAAAAUAACUUCAUCUUGAAGAGGACUGAGCUUCUACCUGGCACUAACUUAAGGGUCUUUCUAGGUGAGGACAGUUCUGCGUCUGGUUUUGACCAGGCAGGCCCGAGCCCCUCAGGCGGCACUCUGCAAGCCGUGGAGUCGAGCACCUUUUGCCAGAGUGCCAAUAUCAACUUCUUCAGAAUUAAAAAUGCCAAAUGCCUCUCGCACGCAGUGCAGGGACAUAUUUAUCACUCACACUGUCAAGGAAACACUGAGAACUAGUAACUGUCGACGUUUCUUUUCAGGCUUCGUACCGCCGUCGCUUUCACAGACUGGGUGCUCCUCCCGUCCUCUCACCUCAUCUCCUCUGGAAACUCGGAUGGAAAAGUCACUGCACCAGAAAUCCAGCCAGUCACUCAGCUUCUUACCAGGAGUAGAUGCCAUCCAGUUAAAAAUGCAUAGUAAAGAGUUUUUUGAGCCUCUGGCGGCUUCUUUUUUUUCAAGUAGGGAAGUAUUUGGUUCUUUCAGUCCAAGUGUUCUUUAUCUGUUGGUAUUUUGAGAAAAAAAAUCUGUUUUGAAGGUCCGUUAGUCGUCCAAAAGUAGGAAUUCUGACUUUGUAUAAAAAUCACUCCUUAUACAAAAGCUUUGAUGUCCUCUUUAGCUCUCUAUAGCUCUCCUUAGCUCUUUGCCGUGUUUCAAAAAGUGAAAGGAAAAGACAUUUUCUAUAUUUCUACCGCUUCAGUUGGCGACAAAGUACAAUAGCUUUUCAGCUUCAACGACGUGUAUGUACAUAUGAAUAUAUUUGCAUAGACUUUGCUAGGUAUCCCUAAAAACAAGCAAUGUGUUGAUUCUCAGUGGAUCUGUUUGCAUAUAUGAGUGUGAAUUUGAUAUGUUUCGAGCUACGGUGCAGGGGUUAACGCCACACUAGGCAGUGCUGGUGGAUCGGACUCGUUUCAGUAAACCUAUUUUAUUCUAGUGUUGAUGGUGUGUGCACUUUCUGUCUCACUCACAGAGGCCUGCUUGGUUGUGGUGUCAUCAUAUUCUCUUGCCACACAUUUUUUUACAACCCACGAUCAAAGUAAAGCUGUACAUCGUGACAUAAACUCAUUAUUAGGACACUGCCACUCACUUAUAGCGAAGUUAUAGACGUGAAACACACUUUUGAUUGACAGAAUCGUGUCAGAUCUUUUCCACGUUAACGAGGAUUAUGCCUUUUUUCCCACUUUGCAAUGAAGUCGUAAAAAUCGGCGACUUAGUUUGUUGUUCAACUGUGUCUUGUCUGAACCAUUUCAAGUCUGAGUGUGUGUGUAUCCAGGUUGUUUAGAGUCUACAAAGAGAAAAGUUUCUCUUGAUUGCUUGACCUUUUUUUUCCUUGCGACGAUGCUCAAAGUGCAGACUGGUGUAACAGCUGCUGCUGAUUAUCUACUUAAACAAUCCUCCGGUUUUAAGUCGGUGUAGGUGAGACAGCUGCUUAAUGAACUGAUGCUGUUUGAUGCAAUUAGAAGCAGCCCACGAACCCGGCGUUUGACAUCGACGGGGGAAAAAAAACACUGAGCUGUGUGACAUUUUCACAAAGGCUGACACGUCUAAUGGCAGCAUUGUAGAUGUUUUCCACGAUCAAGUCAUCUUUCCGUCCCUCAUUGGAUCGUGUCGCUUUUCACUCUGCUAAUUUCAAUUUAGAUUUAUCCUUUCAGUCAGCCGCGGUUAACAGUUUUGAUUCAGUGAGCUCAUGUUGGAAGAAAUAUGCCCCUUAAAGGAAUAGUUCUUCCCCAGAGUUAGAUGAGAAGACUGACACGCUCUUGUAUUUGUUUGGUGAAUAUGAAGCUACACACAACAUCUGGUUAACUUCACAGGAAACAGUGAACUGGGGAGUUCAGCUCUGCCCCAAAGUGAUACAAUCUACCUGCUGACACCUGAAGCUCACCUCUAGAGCUGAAGUAAGGCAAGAUCAGUUAGACCUUGAUUAUAAUUAUAAAUUCUCAUUCAUUAGCAUUUCUAGCCACUACUGUCUGUAUUUCACUGAACAUAUUUGCACUUGACAGACUGCAAAAAAAAUUAAAUAAAUAUACCUGCUACCCCCUGCACUGCCUGUAGGCACCAAGGUCCUACUUUCACUUGAACUUGUUUUAAAGAACUUAUCCAGGUUGUUUUCUCUUGACUAGAUCUGUGCUUGUGUUCUGUCUACUCUCAGAUGUGGAUAAAAGCGUCGGCUAAAUGAAACUAGAAUUUCCAGUCCGGUGACAUUUAAAUUCUGCUGAAGCCAAGGGCAAACAAUAUGGACAUUUAUGUGCCUAGGUUAAAGUCUGUUGUAUUUGGUUUUAUUGGCAACAAACUUUGUUUUUUCAAUAGUUUUACUUUUUUGUCUUCAAAUUUGCAUAAUUUCUAAUCAAUUUUUUUUAAUUUGCAAAAGAUGCUUACAGUUUCUCACAGUGAUAAAAUCUCCCCUGAGCAACAAAAGAGUAGCGUAGGUGUUCAACUGUUUGCAAGUCAUCAUAGUAACACUUACACAAUCGAUUGAGCAAUUUAAAAGCAUGUAUUAAUAGUUUCUAGUAAUACCGCUGAACAAAUGUGUGCAGUUACAGAAGACAAACUUUAUGCUGCAGUAGGAACCAACAUGCGUAUAGCUGGUGAAAAUGUUAAGUCCGCUAUGCACUGCUGGUCUGAUCUGUUCUGUCACAAAGGAUAUUCAAUCAAUAGGAUUAGUUUCACUUUAAAUUGCCCAAACAUUAAAGUGAUUCAUAAUUCAUUCCAAACAUUGUCAGACCUAGUUGCACUUCUUGAGUAUUACAUCUAAACUAGGGCUGUCAGAAUUAACUCGUUAAUGCGGAUUAAUCCAUCAACAUGAUUAAUCUGAUUUAAAAAAAAACAAAAAAACAAUUUUAACACGAUUAUCCCAUUUGUAGGGCAGAAUUACUGAAAGUCCCUGAAACGUCUCUGGCAACGUAUUUGGGGCACUUUGUCCAAGUAGACUUACUGUCACACAAACAGACUCCAGAAAGAAGGGAAUAUAUAUAGUUUCUAUCUUUCUUGAGUAACGAAAGAUUAGCUUUUAGAUUUUUUCCCCCACAUCUUGACAUUGAUUUUACAAAAAAUAUACACAACAGCCAUGUUACAAUUAAAUAUCUGACGUGUAGGUAGUAAAAAUACACACUCUUUUUUGGAUGUGAUUUCAAAAUAAAUGUUACUUUGUCCAUAGUUUCCUACUGAUUACAUUAAAUCUUCCAUGAGGAAUGUAUAUAUACAUACACCUUCUUUCUUGACUCUGUUUGCUCAUGUAAAAUGAAACGUGAUUAAUAUAGAUAAAAAAAUGAAUAUUUAAUCGUGAUUCAUUGAAAUUAAUGCGCAGCAACACUGUGAUUAUUCUGAUCAAAAAUUUUAUUCGUUUCACAGCACUAAUUUAAAUGUAAUCAAUUUAAGAGCUCUAAAGUGGUAAAGCAAAUAAUAUUCAAUAUAUAAUAUUGACUUACAUGAUGAGCAGUUUUCUGCCUUAUCUGCAGUAAUGUCGCAUUCUGCCAUAAUAAUUUUAAAUACAUUAGCCAUAGCUCUCUAUUAUAACAGCCUCUUCUGCUUGACUGAAGUAUUCAAUCCAGUUCAGUUUUAUUUACAUAGCGGUGAUUCACAUCAUAUGUCCUCUCAUAGCAUUUAACAUAGUAAAGGGAAGACCUUUAGAAUUAGACAACAGAGAACCCAACAAUCCAGAGUUUCCCUUGGAUUCCCUCUGAGGAAGCAGUUGACUGCAGCGUGAAGGAACCAACACACCAUCAGUGUAUUUUGUAGGGAAGAAGGUUAUCAUGAUGCCCCUUUGUUAUAGGAGUAUGGACAGAGCCAUGUGAAGAAACCCUGUUAUUAAAGAACGUUGAUAAUGACUGUUGUCAUGCCGACUAUGCAAUGAAAGUCUCUCAAACUCCUCCCAUUCUAUUGACAUUAAAGCUGAUGAAAGUCACCGUCCAUAAUACCACAAAUUGAAAGUUUUGCACUUAAAUCUUCCCAACAUGAUGCAGUUUGUUAAUUAGUGAGCUUUAGAGGUGCUAGUAGUCAGAUUGUGUUAGCUUUGGACAGAGAUGAAUUAGCCGUUUCCACAUGUUUGCAGUUUUUAAACGAACUAAUCCAACCAGCUGCAGCUUCAUAUUUACUGUACAGUGACCGCCAAAACAUCAAACUAUUCCUUUAAAGUUUUAGCCAAUAAUCUGCUCUCUUUCCACGCAUUCAUUUCCAUUUCUUAGCAAACCGUGCUUCCGCUUUGUGUCGGUGGGCGCUGAUGGUUGACUGAAAUGUGACACCACACUGAUUGGCUUUGUUCAUGUACAAAUAAAAAAAAGGUUCUCUGUCCAAUCUAGCAGUGUAGUCACAAGACAAUCUAUAUGAGAAAUGAAAACCUGCACCCCUGUUACUUGUUGUGUAAAAUGUUUUUUAGAAUCUCACUAUUUUUGGAUUAAUUUGUGCUGGUGACAGUUCCAUUGUCUAUUAUUAUAAUGAUAUUAUUAUGGAGCUUUUAUUUUAUUGCUAUUUUUGUGUAGGAUAGCCGACUGUUUUUAUUUUCUCUUUCUUAUUUUAUCUUCCUUAUCAUAAACAUAUAGUACUGGGUUCCUUUUUUUGAAACAACUUUGCUGAAAAUUGCACGAUCAGUUAUUGUGGUAUUAGCAAAUGCAAUGAAGGAAAUACCAGUUAAAUGCUGCAAUUUUAAUUAAGAUAUAGAAUAUAUUUAUAAAAAAAAAACAGGAAACAACUGAAAUUAGUAAUUCAUGAAAUUUGAAACGUGUAAAUGCAUGGGACACAGGUAACAGCAAACCAUAUGUUACAUACAGUAAUGAUAAGGACAUGCAUCACAAAUGAGUUUUAAAGCGACUCAGAAUAAUGUAGCAUAUGAAAUACUAAAGAUGAAAUUUAUAGCUAAUAUAUUGUGUUGAGCUGGUCUGCUUUGGGUUUUUGUUGUAAAGAAAAUGUUUCUUUUUGUUGUUUUUUUGAGAAUGAUAUACAGUUUGUGUAUAUUUUCAUAUACAAAGUAUGCACUGAUAUGUUAUUGAAAUUCUAUACCGCUUUUACAAAAAAGUGUUUGUUGUACCAAAGUAUCCAAGUCCCUUGAAACCUUAUCCUUUUUGCGUAUGUUUUACCGUAUUUUAUAUAUUAAAUAGACAAAUUGAGUGAAA